UUUCAAAAAGGUUGGUGACCCCUGCCUUAAACUAAUAAUUAUUUAGCCUAAGCCCCGUGUCAACCACAGUAAACCAUCAUUUAAGGUCCCCCUCUUUGGAUAACUUUUUACACGGGUAAGUGCGCCGUGUAUUUCUUGAAUCUCCGGCUCUUAGCUUAUUAUGGACUCAUUGAUCGUUUACAAACUGAGUUUGUUAUUUUCAAUCCGAGACUCCAUUAACGUCUUCCACAUGAAACACUUGUUGUCUCAUGCUGUUUCCUUAAUUCCGUCACAUAUUAAUUGCCCCCCCCCCCAACAAUGUGACCAAACUGUGUCGGCGCAAGCGCAUGCCGCUACGCAGUCCUCAAUGAGCCCCGCGGAGCGUGCCUCGGGACAAGCCCACGGGCGCUCAUAUUCUGCUGCAGCCGGUGGCUGCAAUCAUGCAACAAUCAGCACACCUGAAGCUGAUAACCAGACCUGCCGUCAUAAGCCUGCGCAACCUGCUGUCCCGUGCCAGAACGUAGUCAUCUGUUCCUGCACAGUAAGCCGACAAGUCAAGCUCUAUGCGCACUCUUUGCUCUCUGUGUUUUCUCUCCCGUCGUGUUCAUUGUCUCGUGUCCUCCUUGUUGUCCCUGCAGCCUGCCUCCGUUCCCACGUUACGAGCUGUGUGUCUCGUCUUCCCGCGUUCCCUCUGCUUCCCUGCCUGCUUCUUGGAUCUCAACCUCCCGCGUGGACACGGACACUGACGCCUCGCAAUCGCCCCCGACUUCCUGCCUGCUCACGAUUGGACAUCCUCCACUCACGGUAACACUCAGCAGGAUGGAGCAGCAGACCUUUAGGAAGAAGAACAUGGACGUUUGUCUACGCAGACUGAAGCAGGAGCUGGUGUCCAUGAAAGAGGCAGGAGAUGGUCUCCACGCUCAGAUGAAUUCGAUGAUGGGAGCCCUCCAGGAACUCAAGCUCCUUCAGGUCCAGACCACUCUGGAAAGCCUCAGCCUGUCAGCUCGGCCUGUCCUAAGAGGUGGAAUCCAUCACCGGGACACACCAGUUUCCGGCACGACGUCUACAAGCGCUUCAGUCGGGGAUCACAGGUUGUCUGACACACUCAGCCUGAGUCCGGACACUUCCAUGGAGUUCGGGGCCACGUUUUCCAGAGAUGGACAAAGUAGAUACAGCAGUGAAGAGACUUUGUCUUCUGGAUCCAGUCUGGAGUUGGACAGAGUAACACAAAGCGAGAAUAACCAGGAGGCGUUACCAAGGAGGUGGUCAGGCUACAUGGCACCACAGGUGGACUUCUAUGGGCCAGUGGUGGGGACACCUCCACCAGAACCAUACGUCCAAUCCCAGGCUCCUCCGCGUUCACAGGUGGUGGAUCUGCCAAACAUCCUCAACAGACUCUCCAGGGAAGGUCCAUCAUUGGACAACAACUACUCCCAGGACGGUGUUGAUGAUGCCGGCGACUGGACUUCCUCGCUCAUGAGCCGCACUCGCAACCGCCAACCUUUAGUGCUUGGAGACAACAUCUUUGCCGACCUCGUAGGCAAUUGGCUGGACUUGCCAGAGGUAGAGACGGAUGUGGGGAAGGAGGAGACGAGGAUGAGGAGGGAGGUGGAGAUGGCAGACGAAAGCUCCGACAUACCAGACGCUCCGGCUCACCCACUCCGUCUUAGCCGCUCUCAGGAAAUCUGCCGGAAGUUCUCGCUCACCACAAACAUCUUCAAGAAGUUCUUCCGCAGCGUUCGACCAGACCGGGACAAGCUGCUGAAGGAAAGGCCCGGCUGGAUGUUGCCUGAGCUCCCAGAGGGCGACUUCUUUAAACGGCCCAGAAAGAUGGCUUCCAAAAGCAGUCAGAAAGGAAGCUUCUACUUGCCGUUCUGGGCUAACAACGGACCACAGUGUAAAGAGCGGUUGGGUCACACUGAAACUCUGACAGAACAAAAUCACUUCCACCACGUCCACGACAAACCUUUCGCAGGGAUUUACUUAGACCGCAGACAGCCAGAGACUAGUUUGAGGAAAGUGCAGCCAUUGUUUGACAACAACAAAGCUGUGUGGGUUUGACGGACCAGCCUGGACCAGGAGCGAACUUCACAGCCACAACAUCUAGACCCUGCAGAUCAUCAGGGCAAUGUUUCUAUCUGACAAUCCUAAAACCAUAAACCAGGGAGUGUUAAAGACAUUUUUGUACCAGCCAAAGUUUCUCUGACUGGAACAUCUGACAUGGUACUUCAAGGACUCUUACCAAACCGUACUGUCAGUGUACGCACAAACAUUCUAUUCGGGUCCAACACAAGCUCAAGUCUACCAGCUAAUCCCCUCAGCAUGUCGGUAGAAAGAAAGUGUUUGGUUAAGGACCUACAUUCAAACCUAAAGGUGAUUGGAUGACGGUUGUUUGGGUCGUAUCCAUUAUCCAAUCAGAUCAACUCGUUAAAGAGUACAAGGUGCUAGCUUUUGACAAGUAGCUUUUUCUCCAUCGAUGCUAUCCUCUCUAAGUAACCAUAUCGGGAGAUUCUCUGCAGAUAAUUUUACUUCCCCACGUAAUUCUGCCUUACAGAAAACUGGAAAAUUGGACAUUUCUUACCUCAGACUAUAAAAAGAACCCGAGAUCAGAGUUGCUACUAGAAAACUCGGGUGUAGAAAUGGGCAACUAUGGCCAAUAAUGUUGUAAAAGAUACUUUUAAUGUUUUUAACUCCAUGCAAGGGAAGUGGCCCAACAUCUACUCCACAUUGUUUGCUGAAUUUUAAAGACUGCCAAAACAAAGUAAGAUAGCGAUGGUCAGCCAUGUUUUUUUUUUUGUUUACUUUGGCCAGGACUACUAUAAGAAAUGCCUCCUGGUCAAAAAGUACGGUUAGAAACAUGUAGCAACCGCGCCUCAAGGGAUGUAAACAAACUAAGAUAGCGAUGGUCAACCAUGUUUUUUUUUCGUUACUUUGGCCAGGACUACUUUGAGGAUGAGGCCUGGUAAGGUCUGAGAGUGAUAUCUGGGUAUAAGAAAUGCCUCCUGGUCAAAAAGUAUGGUUAGGAACAUGUAGCAACCGAGCUCCAGGGGAUGUAAACAAACUAAGAUAGCGAUGGUCAACCAUGGUUUUUUUUGUUACUUUGGCCAGGACUACUUCGAGGAUGAGGCCUGGUAAGGUCUGAGAGUGAUAUCUGGGUAUAAGAGAUGCAUCCUGGUCAAAAAGUAUGGUUAGGAACAUGUAGCAACCGAGCUCCAGGGGAUGUAAACAAACUAAAAUAGCGAUGAUCAACCAUGUUUUUUUUCAUUACUUUGGCCAGGACUACUUUGAGGAUGAGGCCUGGUAAGGUCUAAGAGUGAUAUCUGGGUAUAAAAAAUGCCUCCUGGUCAAAAAGUAUGGUUAGGAACAUGUAGCAACCGAGCUCCAGGGGAUGUAAAUAAACUAAGAUAGCGAUGGUCAACCAUGUUUUUUUCGUUACUUUGGCCAGGACUACUUUGACGAUGAGGCCUGGUAAGGUCUAAGAGUGAUAUCUGGGUAUAAGAAAUGCCUCCUGGUCAAAAAGUACGGUUAGGAACAUGUAGCAACCAAGCUCCAAGGGAUGUAAACAAACUAAGAUAGCGAUGGUCAACCAUGUUUUUUUUCAUUACUAAGGCCAGGACUACUUUGACGAUGAGGCCUGGUAAGGUCUGAGAGUGAUAUCUGGGUAUAAGAGAUGCAUCCUGAUCAAAAAGUACGGUUAGGAACAUGUAGCAACCGAGCUCCAAGGGAUGUAAACAAAGACCCAAAACUGCUGCUUUGACCAAAACGCUAAUUGCUAAUGUCUUUGGAGGCUACUAGCUCGUCAAAGGACAGCAAUAGAGUGCAUGACUAGAUCCCUUCCAGCAGAAGCCGCACGUUCAACUUGUUUGUGUUUUUUGUUAGCCUGCUGUCGUGUCACAUAUUCCUAAUGGCACACACACACACGAGUGGACUGUCACUCCACAUGGGCUGUUGGCACGCAGGAGUGGGGGUGGGGGGUAAACAUGGCAGAACCAACCAUUGACUGCCAUCUGCUAGUAAAAAUACUUGUAAAAAAACAACAACAACAUGACCCUUUGUGUACAUAUUUGCCAUCAACAGCUAUUGAACACGACACUAAAGACCAGAUCUUUUUCACACUUUAGCGUUAUUGUCUCAACACCGCCAGCACUCGGACCACCGAAUACGUAAGACAAUCUGACGCACUCGUCAUCUAAGUUAUUCUUAUUUUCCAACUGACCAAUCAGAGUAGCCAAGAAAGAUUAGGAGCGUCUUAUGGUGGCUCAGUCUCAGGGUCCAGAGCCCUACGUCACACACACUUCCCUUCACAAGGACCACUUUUUAACACACGCCAAAAUAAUUGUUGUUUUUUUUACGUCCUCAAGGUGUGCUUGUUGGGUUUUUUUUAUUCGUCAGUUAUGCAAAUUGUUACUGGAGAUUCUGUCAUGUGUUUUGUAAACUCUUUUGAAUACAAUAAACCUGCUUUCGGA